UAUUGUUUUUAUUGUUGCUAUAGAUUUGUAAUAAUAGUGCCUAUGCAAUAAACAAUUUUGAACGUGUGAGUAAUUUGUCGUAAGGAGAUGAAACGAGUUAUUCUAUUCAGAAAUGGAACAGAAGUAAAUGGCAAGGUGGUCUUGGUAACACAUUCUCUUGACGAGCUGUUGAAUUCAGCAAGUUCAAAAUUUGGUAUCGCAGCAAAAAGGUUGUUUACUCCACAAGGUGGGGAAAUUGACGAUCUGAAGCUCAUCCGCGAUGACGACAUACUGUACGUGGCGGAGGGCGAGGGCUUCAUCUCCCUGGCAGGGGCGUGCGCGUGCAGCCACGCGAGCCCGGGCGACGGCCCCCCGGCCACGGACGCGCCGGCCCAGACGUGCGGCCGGCACAACUCCGACUGGAUCACGCUGAACGUGGGCGGCAAGUACUUCACCACCUCCAAGAGCACGCUGCUCACCAAGGAGCCCAUGAGCAUGCUGGCGAGGAUGUUUGCGGAAGGUGAAAAAGGUUACAUAAUGACUCCAAGCAACAUGGACAAGAAUGGGGCGUACUUAAUUGACCGCAGCCCUACGUUCUUUGAACCCAUCCUUAACUAUCUCAGAAAUGGGCAGCUGAUUUUCAACAGUGAUGUCAAUCCAGAGGGCGUCCUGGAGGAGGCGAGGUUCUUCGGCAUCGAGUCGGUGGUGCCCCAGCUGGAGGCCGUGAUCCAGAGCAGCCAGCGGUCGCGGGACAACGUGCCGCUCACCAGGCGGGACGUCAUCAACGCCCUCAUCCUCACCCCCUUCACCGCGGAGCUGCGCUUCCAGGGCGUGAACCUGGCUGGCUCCGACCUGUCCCGCCUCGACCUGCGCAACAUCAACUUCAAGUACGCCUGCCUCCACGGCUGCCGGAUGGUGGGGGCGAACCUGAGCUGGUGCUGCCUGGAGCGCGCGGAUCUGUCGCACGCCGUGCUGGAAGGGGCGCAGCUGCUGGGGGUCAAGAUGCUCUGUGCCAACCUGGAGGGCGCCAACCUGCGAGGCUGCAACUUCGAGGAUCCCACGGGCAGCCGAGCCAACAUGGAAGGGGUGAAUCUGAAGGGUAGCAACUUGGAGGGGAGCAUCAUGGCCGGAGUCAACUUGCGAGUGGCGACACUGAAGAACGCCAACCUGCAGAACUGUGAUCUGCGAGCGGCUGUGCUGGCAGGAGCGGACUUGGAGAACUGUGACCUAUCGGGCAGCGACCUGCACGAGGCAAAUCUCAGAGGUGCCAACCUGAAGGACGCAGCGUUCGAGCUGAUGCUGACGCCACUGCACAUGUCCCAGACCAUACGCUAGUGUGUGUCAUGUUUGUGUUUAAGCACUCACACGUUUCAUGUGCUGUUCACGCUUACCUGAUGAUGUUAGCCAUAUUUUAACGUACUAGCAGAAGUACUUAGCUGUAAUCCAAAUCGAUAGUUAAUGGAAGAUGUAGAAGUUAAAUAUGUGAUUAAUGGAACUCUGAAUCUAAUAUUAAUCCCGAAAAUAUAUGCAUGUGUUCAUUACAAAAAAAAAAUCACAAAUGGUACGUAGCAGGCAUGAGCUGCUAAGGUAAGAUGAGUAAAAUUGUGUUAAUAUUCCAUACUGUAACAAGGUAUGUACAUCCAAAGAAAACUGCCAUUCAAAGUACAAUUAAAAAGCAACAAUGUAGUGCUUUGUUUAUGAUUAUUAAUUAGUUUGCUAUUUUUUUUAGAAAACAUUUUUAAAGGGGUGGCUUGCAGGUUAAAAUUAAUUCUGCUAUUUAGAGGAAUUUUUCGUAGAUAUAAAGUAUUGGUAUUGAAUUACGAAAUUACUGUAGUUUUUAUUUUCUGAAAUACUAAUGAGAUAAAAGAGACAGAUAUAUUUUAAAUAAUUUUUAUAUUAAUCUUUUAAUUUUGAGAUCAUGACUAGUUAACUAUUCCUUGGUGUGUAAUGUAAGGGUGUGCAAGAAAUGUGCACAUAUUCAAUUGAUGAAUUUCAAUAUUUAUUGAGUAUAAAAAAUGGCUUUUCUGCUACACGUGUUUCAGCCUAGAUUUUUCAAGUAAAUAUUGAAUGGGAACUGCUAUGUCAGUUGUGUUAGUGAACUAUGCCAUUUAUUUUAUUGACAUAUAGUAUAUAGGUGCAACAUCUAGUUCAGCAUAAAAAAGAAUUCUUGACUUUAUAAUGUGUAUGCACAGCAGAAUGAACAUUUUUUUAAAAGUUUUAUCAAGAAAAAGCUUGAAAUGUUUGCAGUCUUAAAAGCCACCCUGGAGCUUGUUUACUUUUUAAUUAUUGUGACAGUGUGUAUUGAUUUUAUGUGUAUAUUUUUAGGGUGAAAAUUUUGUAAAUACUUUAAGCAGUGUACAUAAUAUUUCAUAUAUUGAUUUUUUUUUAUUUUAAGACCGCAGAGUGUAUAUUUAUGUAUAUUUAAUCAGAAAUCUUUAGUGUGCAACAGGUGUGUGACGUGAUGUAAUUGUUUGGAAAAUAUGUAAUAGUAAAUAUAAUUAUGAGUGGAAA